GUUUCUGCCCUCAAACAUUGUUGGAAGUUUUUGAGUCAACAACAACAACAAAAAAAAUGUUACCCCUCUGCACGCUGGAGUUCAUCAUUACGUUGCUUUUCAGAGUGAUGGAGGGUCGCAUGUUCCCAGAGGCGCUGCAGAGGUUCCCCCUGGCCCCCGCGUACCUCCCCGUCAGGUACCAGGUGCUGAACGCCGAGUCGGCCUUCUUCCUGAAGGAGGCCAACCAGGACUUGAUGAGGAACUCCAGCCUGCAGGCUCGCACCGAGCCCUUCUUCGUGCACCAGGCCCGGCGGCCGCCCUCCGUCAACGCCAGCUACGGCCCCCUGUGGGUGGAGCGGGCGGUGCCUCCGGAGCUCCUGCAGGUGGGCGCGGCCUUCUCCUCCUCCUCCUCCUCCUCCACCUCCUCCUCCGUCUUCACUUUCAACUGGAAGGUGCAGACCUUCAUCAUCAGCGAGCGGAUCUACCCGGGCGAGCCCAAGGUGCAGGUGCUGUUCUACGUGGCGGGGCGGGACUGGGACGACUACGGCGCGGUGGAGGGGCUGCCCUGCGUGGGCAUGCUGGCCUUCCACGAGACCCAGGAGGUGCGGGGCGGCUGCCGGCUGCGGGGCGAGCUGGGCCUGUGCGUGGCCGAGCUGGAGCCCCUGCCCGGCUGGUUCAGCCCCCCCAGCGUGGUGCCCGGGCGCCAGAGAGCCCCCGAGCAGGCCGACGGCACCCCCGUGGAGCUCUACUACGUGGUGCGGCCCGCCCAGGGCGGGGACUGCGGCACCGAGGACCCCAGGAAGGGCGGCUCCGCCCGCUCCGACCCCAGCGGCGGCGGCGGGGGGCCCUCGGGGGCCUCUGGCUCCGCCCCCAUGCGGAGGAUCGGAAGCGUGCGGCUGCACCAGAGCUCCACCGACGCGCAGCUCGGCCAGGUCAGGCUGGACGCCAACUUCGUGGUCCUGAUGCCGUCGGGGCCGGUCAGGCAGAGGGACGGCGUCACCGCCUACGUCGCGACCUCUGACCCCUCUCAGGUGGACCGGUUCACCCUCAGGGUGACGCUGAAAAGGGGCGUGGAGUUCCUGGGGGCGAGGCCCAGCGCCCCCUUCCUGUGGUCGGUGACCCAGGACGAGAGGAGGGAGGGGCAGAAGGUCAUCACCCUGCAGUGCAGCCGGAGCGACCCGGGGUUCGACCGCAGGGUGGAGUCUGGGUUCCAGAAUGUUCUGCAGGUGGACCUGGAGGUGGAUGACUUUCUGGCCCCGCCCAGCAGCAGGGCCGUUUCCUGGCAGGUGGAGUAUCCUGGGACUAGGGUGGUCACCACAGAGACCGAGACACUAAUACAGCUGGCGCACAGGAAGCUGGGAGGCCUCGUGCCAUUGGCUAUGGACACGGAGAUCCUGAACACGGCCGUGCUGACGGGGCGGACGGUUGCCGUGCCGGUGAAAGUGGUGACGGUGGCGCCGGACAGCGGCGUGGCGGACGUGACCGAGACGGUCUCGUGCCGCUCGGUCGACGACGACGUGGUCAAGGUGUCGGACAGGUGCGACUACGUCUUCGUGAACGGGAAGGAGAGCAGGGGGCGGGUGCGGGUGUCGGUGAACUUCACCCUCGGGCCCCUGAGCGCCCAGCUGGAGAUGAGCGUGUGGAUGCCCCGCCUCCCCCUGCAGGUGGAGGUGUCCGACCCCGAGCUCAGCCAGAUCAAGGGCUGGAGGGUGCCAGUUGCCCCUGGCGACCAGAGGUCUGAUGCUGCUGAUGAUGACGAAGGCGAGUAUGACGAAGACGACGGAGGCGGGCGGGGGCGGGACUGCGUGCCGCAGUACCAGGGCGCCAUGGUGCGCGUCCUGACGCACUUUGCGGCCGAGUCGGCGGACGGCCGCGGCCAGACGGACUUCCUGCUGGGCAGCGACUGGCAGGUGGACGUCACGGAGCUGGUGUGGGACUGCCUCCGGGUCCGGGACCCCCUGAUCGCCCAGCUGCGGGACGGCCAGGUGCUGAUGGGCCUGCAGAGAGGGGAGACUUUGUUACAGGUGCUGUCUCCUCUCUCAGACUCGGUUCUGGGUGAAAGGUCGGUGAAGGUGCUGGAUGACAGGGUGUCCAUCACGGAGCUGGGGGUGCAGCUGGUCUCCGGCCUCUCCCUCUCCCUGCAGCUCAGCCCCGGAAGCAACAGGGCCAUCGUCGCCACGGCAACCACGCAGGAGGUGCUGCACAGCCCCAAGCAGGAGUCUCUAAUCAGCGCGUGGCUGCAGUUCAGCGACGGCUCCAUGACCCCCCUGGACCUGUACGACCCCGCCCACUUCCUGCUGACGGCCAGCUCGCUGGACCCGGCGGUGGUGGGCGUGCGGCAGGGCGCGGUGUGGAAGUGGCCGGUCAUCGUGGCCGAGAGCGAGGGCCAGGGGCUGCUGGUGAGGGUGGAGAUGUCCGCCAGCGAGCGCUGCCAAGCCCCAGAUCGCCGCGGCGUCCUCGCCGCCGGCAACGCCGGCGUCCGCGUCAGGUUCGGCGCCCCCCCCGGGCCGGAGGGGGAGGGGGGGGAGGAGGGGGCGGAGACCCGGGCCGGGGGACGCGGGCGUCGCCCGGGGGCGGACGCGCCGUACUACGGGAGCUCCGUGUCCGGCGUGGAGGGCGGGGCCGCCGGGAGGGGCACCGCCGCCACCGCCAAGUCCGCCGUGGCCCGGGACGAGGGGGCCCGCCCGCGGGACGUCCCCGUGGACUUCCCCGCGCAGGCGGACCUCCCGCGCAACCGCAACCUGGAGGACGACCUGCUGCAGGCCCCCCGGGGGCUGACCGACCUGGAGAUCGGCAUGUACGCCCUGCUGGGCGUCUUCUGCCUGGCCAUCCUCGUCUUCCUCAUCAACUGCGUCUCCUACGCCCUCAAGUACCGCCACAAGCAGCUGCCCACGGGGGAGGGUCCCGAGGCCAUGAACCACGCCCACGACUGGGUGUGGCUGGGUAACCGGGGGGAGCUGCUGGACAGCCAGCCCAGCCUGUGCUCCGAGCCGGACGAGAGCACCACCGCCCUGGACCCGGGUGCCGGGUUCGAGGAGGGCAGCCACCUGCUCAACGGCACCGCCGCCGCCGCCGCGCAGAAGAACGUCCAGGGCCAGGUGCACCGGUCCGCCGACGGCGGCGGCGGCAACAGCGGCGGCCCGGGCGGCGACCACAAGAGCGAGUCGCUCAACUCGCCCACCACCAAGCGCAAGCGGGUAAAGUUCAGCACCUUCACCGCCGCGCCCCUGCCCGUCGGCACCCGCCAAGGCAUCGGUCACCUGACCGGCGUGCCCGGCGGCGACAUCACCUGGGUCUGCCAGGACGUGGAGCUCGGAGACUCCACUGAGCUCCGGAACUACAUGGAGAGAUUAGGGGAAAAUGUCUCUACAAACACUGCAUAGGAUUUUAUUUCAUUUUGUUCCCCACUUUUUGAUUUUCUUUUUUC